AUGGCUGAUAUCGAAGAAUACAAACACCAGGAAACAAAUUUCCCUGAGGAAGAAGGCGAUCAUGUGAUUGGCAGACUAAACUUGCAGAUACAUCCUAAGACAAUUAAAAGAUCAUUAGAAAAUUUAACAGAAAAGCCUUCACCGGCGAGAACGGGUCCACAUGGGGUACAGGUUGUGAACACGGGACCCGACCACACCUUCAUUCUUGAUGAAGAUGCCCUCGCCGAGCUGCUGCUGCAAGAUGACAUCAAAGACAGAACUGUUGUCGUCAUAUCCGUUGCCGGAGCUUUCAGAAAAGGGAAAUCGUUCUUACUUGACUUCUUUCUUCGGUAUAUGCACCAUAAGUAUGGCGCUGGUGGAGGAGGUGGUGAUUGGCUGGGUUCCGAUGAGGAACCACUCAGCGGGUUCAGUUGGCGGGGCGGUUCCGAAAGGGAUACCACUGGUAUACUCAUGUGGUCGGAAAUUUUCAAAGCCACACUUGAAGAUGGAGAAAAGAUAGCCAUAAUCCUCCUGGACACACAGGGCGCGUUUGACAGCGAAUCAACUGUCAAAGAUUGCGCCACAGUGUUUGCGUUGUCAACUAUGCUCUCCUCUGUACAAAUCUACAAUCUCUCACAAAACAUACAAGAAGAUGACCUGCAACAUUUGCAAUUAUUCACGGAAUAUGGACGCCUAGCAUUGAAAGAUGGCGGUAGGACUCCGUUUCAGCGAUUACAGUUUGUGGUUAGGGACUGGAGUUUCCCUUACGAAGCAGAGUACGGCGCAAGUGGUGGACAAAUCUUACUUUCAAGACGACUUAAGGUGUCAGAUAAGCAGCAUCCAGAACUUCAAUCACUGCGUAAGCACAUCACAUCAUGCUUCGGCGAGAUCGGGUGUUUCUUGAUGCCACACCCUGGUCUCAAGGUAGCCACUAGUCCCAUGUUUGACGGAAGACUAGCAGACAUCGAAAUGGAGUUCAAGCGAGCGCUCCAACAGCUAGUGCCGAUGUUGUUAGCUCCAGACAAUUUGGUCGUAAAAGAAAUCAACGGACAACGUGUUAGAGCUAAGGAUCUGCUGGUCUACUUCAAGGCAUAUAUGAACAUCUACAAGGGUAACGAAUUACCGGAACCAAAGAGUAUGUUAGCCGCGACCGCUGAAGCAAACAACUUAACCGCAGUGGCAGAAGCGCGGGAAGUGUAUACCACUUUGAUGGAAGAAAUCUGUGGUGGGGCAAAGCCUUACUUACAAGCUCAGUUGCUGGAAGCGGAACACAAGCGUAUUCGGGAUAAGGCGUUACACGCGUUUCGGGCUAAGAGGAAAAUGGGUGGUGAUGAAUUUAGUCAGGCAUAUUGUCAGCAACUCACGCAAGAUUUAGAAGAACAUUUCCAACAGUUCAGGGCACAUAACGAGAGCAAAAAUAUAUUUAAGGCGGCGCGUACGCCGUCCGUUUUCUUUGCUGUCGCUCUCAUGUUCUAUGUGUUGAGCGGAGUGCUUGGCCUGGUGGGACUAUAUCCAUUUGCUAAUCUGUGUAAUCUUUGCAUGGGCAUGGCGCUACUGACGCUGGUACUUUGGGCGUAUAUCAGAUACAGCGGUGAAAUGAGAGAACUGGGUGUUACGAUAGACGAAACUGCAAACUGGCUUUGGGAUAAUGUGAUGAAGCCAGUAUACCAAGCUGGACUAGAAAAAGGCAUGGAACGUGCAGCAGCAGCUGCCGCUGAGCAAGUGGUUUCUACGCCUACAGCCAACGGCAAGCACAAACAAUUGUGA